UAUAACUAGAUAUAGUCAUCGAUUACUCCAUAGACAAUAUAUUUCCCACAGGUUUGCCAACUUGGACUUGGUAUCGAAAUGCCACCUUACAAUGUUACCAACCUUACGGAUACUUACGAGGAGCGUGUGUACCCUGCAAGAAGAUGGGUGUCGACUUCCCAAAGUGAUUCCGAUAGCGACCUCUUCAACAAACUGUUCAAUUACAUCGAUGGUCAAAAUGAUGCUGGGAUAAAGGUGGACAUGACAGCUCCCGUGACAACGCUCUUCGUCCCGUGCCAAGGCCUCCGAUGCGCGACCAACUAUACCAUGAGCUUCUACGUCCCCGCCGCCCAUCAGGACAACCCGCCCACGCCCACCAACCCUGACGUGUACAUCGAGGACAGGCCACAGUUGCACGUCUUCUCGAGGCGGUUCCACGGGUUCGCCAGCCACAAGGAUUACUACGACAACGCGGCGCAGCUUCACGACGACCUGGUGGCAGCCGGCGAGGAGGGCGUCGACUACGAGACCUUCUACGCGGUGGGUUACGACUCCCCCUUCGUCAUCGUCGGCCGGAAUAACGAGGUUUGGUUCGUCAAGAAGUGAUGGGAGUCGGCACGAAGGAAGCUGUGGUCUUCAUUUUGUGUUAUUUAUUUAUUCAUUUUUGUGAUAUGUUUGUGUGUGAUGAUUGAUUAAAAAAUAUAUAUAUAUGGAUGAUAGAAUAAUAAGGGUAUUUAUUUGUGUGUCAUGUUGUGAUUGGUGAUGACUUGAGUAAGGUGUUAACUGGUAAUGACUUCUUGAGUUUAUAAUUGGUAAUACUUCUUGAGUUUAUAAUUGGUAAUACUUCUUGAGUUUAUAAUUGGUAAUGACUUCUUGAGUUUAUAAUUUGGUGAUGACUUGAGUUUAUGAUUGGUGAUGACUUAAGUGUAUGAUUGGUGAUGAUUGCAGUUCAAUACACCGAGUUUUGUUUGAAAAAAAAUCUUGGAAAGAAUUCCAAACUGCAGAGAAUGCAUUAUGUUAGUUAUGUGUAAGUAAUAAAUGCAUAAAUACA